GUGAAAUUUAUUAGUUGUAUUUACUGAGAACAAGUUUACUUUUCACACACAACUGAGGAAAGUGGGUGAGGAGAAACUCAGGAUGUGUUUAUAAAGCACUGCUGCUUUGUCCUUCCACUACUUAGUUCUUCUACAUAGCUCAAAGAGUCGACUGGCAACACGAUGCUGACUGUUAUCCAGCUGAUAUUUUUAGUUUUUCUGACAGCUUCAAACUAUGCUGAGAAAGUUUUUCAUAACCGGGAUCAUUCUGAUGUGCAGAUUCCUAAAUCUCAACAAGCUCCUGUCAUAACAGACGAUUAUGAGGCAGAGGUAUUUUUUUCAUUUUCUUUUUCCAGUUUUACUGCUAAUUUCAUAAAAUCUAAGUAGAAAAAAAUUGCAUUUACUCAAUAAGUGCUGUGUGAAUGUAAGAUGAAGGAGUGGGUGGAGCAGUAAAAAAACAGAAAAAUUUGCAAAUAUUUUGGGAGAAGACCUAAAAGUCAGAUGAAAUGUAAAAAUAAGUUAAAAAUCAGAAAACUUAUUGAAUUUAUCUAAACAAACAUUGGCUAGUAUGCACUAGCUAAUUAGAUAACAAGCAAAAAUCAGCAUAUUGGCUCAGAUUACAUGGUGCGUUUCUUUAUGCCCAAAAUUCUGAUUUUCGGUUUCCAAUUCUGAAAGUUGAAUUUCCUACUGAAAAGCCUGAAGCCCCUUGUGUCCAAUAUGGCUUUUGUGCAUAAAGAAUGUGAUUAAAGUUGUCUACAAUAACUAUAUAUUUGCACUUCUGGCAGUUUCUCAUUAUUAUGGCACACCUAAUGCUUUAAAAACUCUUAUUUGUUAACACUGUUAACACUGAAGAGCUCUCAAUUUGGAUGUGACCUGUCAACACGCUUGCAUUAACUAUAAUGCCACCAUUAGCAUGUAACCAAACUUUAGUAAAAUUUGCUAAUAUGCUAAAAGUAGGUUUUAUGCCAGCAUUAGCUGAUAUGCUGAUGUUAGCAUAUUUGAAAGCUUGUAUGUGUUUUUUCAAGAAAAAACAAAAGUUACAAAUAGCAGAAGUCAUAGCCACAGUUUUAUAAAAAAAAAAGCUUAAUGUUUUUGUAUUUGAAUGGCUGACAUAGCACAAAGGAUUUAGAAGUAAUUAAACAACAGAAAACAAAUAGAAAAAGUCAGAAGUUGGGGAAUCUCAAUAUGCUUCACACAAUAAUUGCCUCAUGGAUAUCCUUUCAGUUAUUUCUCUCUAGAUAUGGAUUUAUCAAACCAACUCACUGGGAGGAGAUCCAGAUGAAAGAUUCUGACAUUUCCUUUAGUGAUGACUUCUUGGAUGACCUUCAAGCCACAAUCCAAGAGGGAACCUUCGUGCCUCAUUCAAGGGACGGACCUAAAACUAGUCACGGAGAGGUGCACAAAAGUGAAACUGAGAAUCAGGCGUUUGUUUCAGCACUUAAAGAGUUUCAGAUGGUAUCUGGGCUGCCUGUUACGGGAGUGUUUGAUGAAGCCACCAAAGAGGCGAUGAACAAACCAAGGUGCGGGGUCCCUGACAAGGAGAUAGACCUGAAUCCCCAUGUUUCACCUGAGAGCACUGGUGGCUUAGAGUUAGGAAACAGUUGGAAUGAAACUUUUAACGAGACUGACAGUAACAACACGGAGAGCAGCAUAAUCGGCAGCUCUUCAAACUCUUCUGAAGAUGACAUAUUACAUUUUAACGAUACAGAAACCCUCCUCCUGACUAUUUCAAAUGAUACAUACAAUAAUAACAGUGGGGGUGGUCCAGCAGGAAAUAGCAACGAGAACUCAAACCAGAGCCAACCGCUGAGACACGGAAAACCUCACCUUGCCGUUCUCAUGUCAGAAAGAAGGCUGAAAAGGGAUUUAACGGUUUCUGGGUACAUGGCUUUUUCCAAGGAUGUUCUGAGGUGGCGGUUAAUUGGAGAAGGCUACAGCAGCCAGCUGACCGUUGAGGAGCAGAGGUACAUAUUCAGGCUGGCCUUCAGAAUGUGGAGUGAGGUGUCUCCACUGGAAUUUGUUGAAGACACCUGGUCGCCACUGGAGGAUGUUGAUAUCAAACUGGGCUUUGGCACAGGAAGACAUCUGGGAUGCAAUCAGAAGUUUGAUGGUACUGGUCAGGAAUUUGCCCACGCCUGGUUCCUGGGAGAUAUCCAUUUUGAUGAUGAUGAACAUUUUACUGGUCCCAGUUCUCACACUGGAAUUAGCCUCCUUAAAGUAGCGGUUCAUGAGAUCGGCCAUGUUUUGGGGCUACCUCAUAUCUACAGACCUGGAUCUAUAAUGCAGCCCAGCUAUUUGCCCCAUGAGUCUGGCUUUGAGAUGGACUGGAUGGACAGGAAAGCUAUUCAGCAUCUAUAUGGUGGCUGUAAAGGUCGCUUCAGCACCGUGUUCGACUGGAUCAGAAAAGAGAAGAUGCCUGACGGAGAGGUAGUAAUCCGCUUCAACACAUACUUCAUAAGAGAUGGCUGGUACUGGCUGUAUGAGAACAGAAACAACAGAACACGUUAUGGAGACCCGGUUGCACUGCAGAUUGGCUGGCAUGGAAUUCCUAGUGAUGGAGUAGAUGCAUAUGUACACGUGUGGUCAAGAAAAAGGGACGCCGCUUAUUUCUUCAAAGGUCUGCAGUUCUGGAGAUACGAUAAUGAGAAUGACCAGGUGUUUAGACAUGACUCUGAGGGUCGCCAGUAUCCAAGGCUAAUUUCUGAGGGAUUCCCAGGGGUUCCCAGUCCUAUUGACACAGCCUUUUAUGACAGAAGAGACUCUAACAUCUACUUCUUCAGAAGAACCCAAGUGUAUGCAUUCAGCGUGGAAACGAACAGCUUGGCGAGAGGCUUCCCAAAACACAUCCGAGAUGUUUUCCCUCCAGUGGAGAGCGGAGACCAUCCAGAUGGCAGCAUCGACACUGCCUACUUCUCCUACUCCCACAAUGCCCUCUUUCUACUCAAGGGCACGCGCUUUUGGCGAGUGGUGGGCAGCCGCGAACGCUGGCGCCGGCCUUUUCUGCCGCGAAAUGGCUUGAUGCCACACAAGGAGGUGGAUCAGCAGUGGUUUGACAUCUGCGACGUUCAUCUCACCGCGCUCAAGCUAAGUCGCUGAUGAGGACUGCAGCUGAGAUGAAACACAUCUACUCAUGUUUACAGAUGUAUUCUACUGCUUUACCUUCAGGGAUGUUGUUUUUUGUGUGAUGUUGGCUGUGAAAUCUUUUUAAAAGACAAAAACAGCUCUGUUGGCUUGCUUUCAUACAAGUGUGCUGAAAAUUUAUGAAACAGCUGCUGUUUAUUUCUCUUUUAUUCAUUAAGGAUGUUUGUUCAUAUUUGCACAGAUAGGUGUACAAAAGAUGCUGUUGUGGCCAUCAAUAGUUAUGAGCUUGAUUUCCAAGAGAAAUUAAAGAUGAAAUAUUUCUUUACUACCUAAGAAUGAUUAUUUGAAUAUUAUGAUUAGGAUUUUUUUCAGUAGGAACAGCAAACAUGCAAGAAGGCAUGAAGUAAACAUUUGGUUGUUAAUUAGUAAUCCCCCUUCGGCAAGUAAACAGCUUGUUAAUUACUCAGUCUCUCGGUUUUUGUCGGGAGUAUUUUUACUCAUUUUUUUCAGCAAAAUUCUUUUAGUUUUGUAUAUUAGGACAUUAACACAAACUAGUGCUUUGAGUUUAUCACCUUUCAGUAAAAAUAGUUUUCUGCCUUGAGAAAGAGAAAGACAUUUGAAGGAACUUCAGAUGCCUUUUCUGUUCUAACUGUAUCAAGCUAUGUUUAAAUAUAUUUAUAUGUCCCAUAAUCAAUCAAAAGGAUGAAUCCUAUCUUUCCAGGUAGUGAGCUCUCAUACAUUACAAAGGAGCACCACGAUAUUUCAGUAUUCGAAUUUAUUGACAACACUAUAAUUAACACUUUAACUAAAAAGACUGUAAGAGUAAUCAAUGAGAGCUAGUAAAGGAAUCAAACAUUUUAAUUAUUAAUAGACUGCUCAGUACAUAAUAUGUGCUCUGCUGUUUAAGUCAAAGAAGAAACACACAAAGAAAUAUAAAGGCUAAACAAACCAAAGACUAAACAAACUAAAGAGGGGAAAUCUUAUAUCUACUAAGUGAAAUGAAGGGAUUUUUAUUGCCUUGUUCUAAGUUUUAUUAUCUACUUUAAUCUGAGUCGAGAAGCAAAACAGAAAAAGGAGAGGAAACAAAGAUUCAGAACCGGUACAAAGUUAGAUAUGUCAAAGAAAUAACUAUUUUAUCAAGCAAAUGUUUUCAAAUUGCAGGUUUGCAUAAAAAUGUGAAUUUAAGACAUUGUAUAUAUUUGUAAGUCAUGUCUUCUGUCUGAUAGUCUUUUAAGGGACGAUGCCAAAGGCUUUAUAACAAAUAUUUAUUUCUUCAGUUUAUAAAGCUUUUUACAUAAAUCUGUCUGUUUCUAGAUAGCACUGUAUAAAAUAUGUUUGAAAGAUCA